CGGCAUUCUUUCCAGUCUACGAUCAUGGACGCGCUCCGGGGAACUGCAAAAGACCACAAGAAACAACUGGUGACCGUCUUUGUCCGGGAGAGGGCAUCCGAAUACCACGAUGCCUUUGGCAUUGCGUCCCCUACAACCAGCAGUGUAGGGCUGGAGGAGACAACCCUACCCGCAUCCAGAGACCUGGAGGAGGCGCUCGAGGCCUACAAUGCGACCGCGGACCCAGAGAGUAGAUUCGAUGUCCAUCACUGCACCUGGGAGCGUGUCGUGGACGAACUCAAUGGCGCGGAGGAGCGAUACGUGCAGCAAGGCCAAGGAUACCUUCAUUUUGUCCGCAAGGGAUUCCGAAUUGCGGGGGACUAUUCCAGUGCGAUCACCCCAUGGCUGGGAUUAAUUCCUUCCAGUAAUGGGCUGGAGCUCCUGAGUGCCGGAUUGACGGUCAUCUUUAGCAUUGCCAAACAGAAUUCCGACAAUCGGGGCAAGAUUCUCAAUGCAUUCCACAGCAUCCCGGCCAUCAUCCUGCGCACCGAAGAGCAACAAAACCAGUUCGCAACGGUCCAGGUCUUAAGGGAGAAGGCGGUUGAUCUGUACCGCGUCCUGAUCCGGGCAUUGGCGGAACUGAUCUUUCUCUUUGGUGGCAACCGGGCGGGAGCGUCGUUGAAAACCCGCGCAAAGAGGAUGGGGAAACGACUUAUCGCUCCGGCAUAUACUGCCAGUCAGAUCGACGAGAUUCUGAGCACGGUGCAGCGCAGUACGGAGGAAUUCGAGGCGUGUCGAGAUAUGGUCAAAUCCCAAGUCCUCAUUGAUAUCCACCACAGUACCACAGCCCUGCAGGCACAAACGGAAUCCAUCCACGAUCGCACCCAGCAGAUUUCAUAUGGAGUGGACGAUCUCAAUUAUUCGGCACAACAGACCCAUAUCCAACUCGACGGCGUGCAGGGCCAACUGUCCGACCUGGUUGCGCAAGUCGAGGCGGUUCGUGCGGAGCAGUACAGCAUGUACCAGCCAGGAAUGGAUGCUCAAGCCGCCUUGUGCCAUUUCUUGCUGCAUGAUUUUCCUGGCUUCUGGAAUGCCAUCACAUCAGGGAGUAUCCCGAUGCCUCAAUCGCAGUCUUUCCUGUCGAGGAUGGAAUUAUUCCACUGCAUGGGGGUUUCUCCCCGAGGCGCCCUAGAUGACAUCAACGUCGUGUUGAAGCAACACAGCGCAUGUACUCCCGAGGUCCAGGCACAAAGCCAACAACUACUGUCCUCCGACGAGUUCUCCCGGUGGAUGCAGUCCACCCAUGCCGAAACGUUGUUCGUGCAAGGAAACGCCUCUACGAUCGGACCUGGUCGGGUUUCGCCUUUGUCAGCCCUCUGUGCCACUCUGUCUCUGAAUUUCUCCCGGAAUUCCAAUGCAAUUGUGCUUCAUUUCUUCUGUGGGGUUCACGAUGCCCCCUAUGAUCCCGUUGCUGGACCCAAGGGAUUGAUUCGAAGUCUGAUCGCUCAGCUACUUCUCACCCGCUCGAUGUUCAAUCUGGAUUUUAUCAACACUCGGUCCUUCAAGGAACUCAUCGAGUCCCAUUCCCUAUUUGAGCUGUGCCACACAUUCCGUCAGCUCGUCGAGCAACUACCCACGACCGCCACGGUGGUCUGCAUCAUCGACGGGGUGGCGCAGUUUGAAUCUGCUGCCUGGCUGGCGGAUCUCCUGGAGGUCAUUCACACGAUGAACCAAACCAUCCAUAAUCCCGCCUUGCACCCCAUCGUUAAACUGCUGAUAACCACGCCAUUCGUCCAGAGUGGACAUACGGGGGGCGCCAUCAUGGCCCACUAUUGGGUGACGCUUCGUAAUCUUGGUGGGACACGGCCAAUCAUGUCGGACCGAUCGCUCCUGUCGAAUAUGGGCCGGUUGGAGGAAUAUCGGAUGAAGAUGCAGAAUAGUCGCCGGGGAGGGGAGGCGGAGGAUGACUCCGAUGAUGAUUUCUAGUUCUAGACGACUGACUCUGUAUUCGCGAUUCAGCCGGCAUGUAAUGACUCACGGGUAUUUUUGGACACCACGCACACGGAAGGCACGGCCCGAGGCAGUCCUAAAUGACUAUUGGCCGAGCCUAUGAUCGCUAAGUCUAGUGGUAUUUGAAAAGAACCAAUGACAGACUCUGACAAGCCCUGAAUGACCACGUCAGCAAGGGAUGCAUCGUGACCAGGACGC